GCAGUGGACGACUUUUUCAGUUUAUGUGAUACUCAUGUGCAAGCAGGGCAGGAGAUACUCCAUGACUUGAGAGAUCUUGCAAAUGCAAACUGCAGGAGCGGGAAGGUGAGAAGAGACAGGUUUAUCCAGCUGUAUGACAUGCUUGAGACAGUCUUGCCUGAAGUUAAAUUUUUCGAGGUGAAGCUCGAUGAGUAUGCCCCGUCCAUACCUAAUUCAAGACUAUCUUCUGUACACUACUAU